GGAAAAUUUUACCAAUCAUCGUUUUUUCAACUGGCCAAUCACCACCAUUUCACAAAGGAGGCGGGAUCAUUUCCAAGGAUUCGUCCGCAGUGACCUCGGACACAUCCUUCCUCCCCUUUAAUUCGCAGUUUAUUUUAUUUGUGUAUCUAAAUUAGAAAAUGGCGUUGCUAACACCUCUCCUCGCAUUCCUCUAUCACUUGCCGCAGGUGUACAAGUGGCUGCUAAAGCCAUACUAUGUCGCGUCUCUGUUCAUGUCAAUCGCGUUUCUCAUGAUCCGCAAGACGCCAGGUGUCUGCGAACAUCUUUCGACAGAACGAGAGGAUGGCAACCCCUGCGACUUUGACUGGGUCAGUAUUGGAUGGUGUAAAAAAUGGGGAUUGAGAAAUGUUAGGAAGGAUACACGUGAUUAGGCCGGGACAAAGAUUUUGGUUAGAUUGCCAACGAGCUAGCUAGCUAUCCAAUGCUAAAUGUGAUGACAGAGUUGGGGGGUUUAGUUAGCUAGCUAGCUACAUGAAUGGCCAUUGUGAAAUUCGGUGGGAGCUGGCCUGGGUUCGAUAUUGAAGGAUGCUAUAGACUGUAACCCGAACAGAGAUCGGAAGGUAACGGGCAGGUGAUGAGACAGAACCGUGCAAAGGGUGGGUGUACUGGGGAGUUAGCAGGUGCGUGCCCCCUCUCAUACAAGGCUACAAGGGCCUUGUUUUUUCUUGGGCUGAAAGUGCCAUUGCCACCAUGAGUGCAUGCACCAAAACCACCCAAAUAAGUACAGGAUGACACUGGCAAUACUGGAGUUAGUUGCAGGCCUGCCCCGACCCUGUAAUAUCUUGUUUCGCCUACUAGGUAGUACUGGAGGCAGAAGAUGAAAUGUUUAUAGACUGAAAUGCCUUGACCUGUAUGUUUAUCCUAUUCUGUUCUCAUGUUCCACAGAGAGAAGUGGAGAUUCUUAUGUUCCUCAGUGCGAUCGUCAUGAUGAAAAACAGAAGAGCUAGUAAGUGUCAGCCCUGAACCAGAACCCUGUUAUCAUCAGAGAUCUAGCAACCAUACACAUACUUUUAUGACCCAUUCUCAUCUGUUUACUUACUUACACAAAGACCGACAGAGUCCGACACACAGAGGCGCACACAUAGACGUACAGUUUGAUAUACCAAAUCCUUGACCAAUACACCAGCUCACUACCACAUCACUAAUUCCCUCAUGUAAAUAUUUCAUACAGAGCUAAAGUCAAAGGUUAAUCAUUAGCAGAGUUGUACCCACCUGUGUUUAGACAUUAGAAAACUGACCAUCCCCCCUCAGUUGGUCAUCACUAGUUACCACAGCCACAUAGUGUUUAGAGUUUAUUAGUCACAUGCACAGGGUCACAGAUGUAAUUGCAGGGUACAGCUGACUAGUGGUGGCUAUUCAGCAGCCUGAUGGUCUGGGGAUAGAUGCUAUUGACCAGUCGUCUGUUUUUGCCAUGAUGCUCCUGUACUGCCUACGUGAUUGAAGCGGGGAGAACAGGCCGUGGCUGAGGUCAUAAACCCCGCCUAUUUCUACAAUUGAUAUUCUUAAAAUUGGAUUUGAACCUUAACCACACUGCCAACCUUAUGCCUAUCCCUAACCUUAAAUGAAGACCAAAAAGCAACAAAAAAAUUGGGGAUGAAUGUUUAUGAUAUAGCCAAUUUUGAGGCUGCUCUAUCUAGUGGAAACCCCUUCUGUUGGAGCUAGGGGUCUCCUUCAGCAGGCAGACAUGUUUGUUUUACAUGACAUUCAACACAUGGUUACCAUUUCAGUAAAACAAGUACCCACACACAUUGCUAGUGAAGUUUCACUUUUGUAUCUACAAGGCUAACAAUUCAGACCCUUAAACUUUGUCUGAGCAAAUUGUUUUCUGUUUGUACUCAUGUUAAUGUUCUAGGUAUUCAACCAAUCUGCUAUGGCAAAUGUCUUGUCCACAAAGCCCUAUUUGAAUUAAUAGUUCAGUGUUGUAAACGGACUGUUUUAAUAGAUCAUUCAUAGGAAGAAAUGAUAGGACUGUGUUGUCUAUUGUGGUGUCAUUGUGGUGUUUGUUAUUGUAGCUCUGUUGGUCGUUGUCACUCCCUUCGUCUUUCAUCUGCCUCCCUCCCUGCACCCCCCUCCCCCCUAAAGUGAAUCCCGCACUUGUUAGGCCUCAACUACAAACUGUCCCUCUGUCUCAGGCUCAAAUAGUUUCUACACGUUUCACUUUUUUCAUAGUUCUUCAUAUCACUCCUUUACCCAUGGUUUUACAAAACUGUUUGUUCCUGUCUUCUAUUCGCAUCUGUUCUUUCUCUCAAUGUUAUUGUUCUUUGUCAAUGUUAUCAUCCUUGUUUUUCCUCCUACCCAGGUGCACUAUUGUCUUCAACCUGCAAAUUGUCCUUAUUCUAUGCAAUACUUUCUCUUUUUAGAUUCCCCCCCCCCAUUGUUUACUUGAUUUAACCCCUCUCCGUCUCUCCUUGUCUCAGUAACGGUGGAACAGCAUGUGGGGAACAUCAUUCUGUUCAGUAAGGUGGCCAACGUUAUCCUCUUCUUCAGACUGGACAUCCGCAUGGGCCUGCUCUAUCUCACCCUCUGCAUUGGUCAGUGCACACACAUUCACACACACUUGCACUACACAAUGUGUGCGUACAUACACACUUUGUUUAUACAUACAUACACACACAUACAGUACCAGUCAAAAGUUUGGACACACCUACUCAUUCAAGGGUUUUUCUUUAUUUUUACUAUUUUCUACAUUGUAGAAUAAUAGUGAAGACAUCAAAACUAUGAAAUAACACAUAUGGAAUCAUGCAGUAACCAAAAACAAAUAAAAAUAUAUUGUAUAUUUUAGAUUCUUCAAAGUAGCUACCCUUUGCCUUUGACAGCUUUGCACACUCUUGGCAUUCUCUCAACCAGCUUCACCUGGAAUACUUUUCCAACAGUCUUGAAGGAGUUCCCACAUAUGCUGAGCACUUGUUGGCUGCUUUUCCUUCACUCUGCGGUCCAACUCAUCCCAAACCAUCUCAAUUGGGUUGAGGUCGGGUGAUUGUGGAGGCCAGGUCAUCUGAUGCAGCACUCCAUCACUCUCCUUCUUGGUCAAAUAGCUCUUACACAGCCUGGAGGUGUGUUGGGUCAUUGUCCUGUUGAAAAACAAAUGAUAGUCCCACUAAGCGCAAGCCAGAUGGGAUGGCAUGCCGCUGCAGAAUGCUGUGGUAGCCAUGCUGGUUAAGUGUGCCUUGAAUUCUAAAUAAAUCACAGACAGUGUCACCAUCACACCUCCUCCAUGCUUCACGGUGGGAACCACACAUGCGGAGAUCAUCCGUUCACCUACUCUGCGUCUCACAAAGACGGUUGGAACCAAAGAUCCGAAAUUUGGACUCAUCAGACCAAAGGACAGAUUUCCACCGGUCUAAUGUCCAUUGCUCGUGUUUCUUGGCCCAAGCAAGUCUCUUCUUCUUAUUGGUGUCCUUUAGUAGUGGUUUCUUUGCAGCAAUUUGACCAUGAAGGCCUGAUUCACACAGUCUCCUCUGAACAGUUGAUGUUGAGACGUGUCUGUUACUUGAACUCUGAAGCAUUUAUUUGGGCUGCAAUUUCUGAGGCUGGUAACCCUAAUGAACUUAUACUCUGCAGCAGUGGUAACUUUUCUGUGGCGGUCCUCAUGAGAGCCAGUUUCAUCAUAGCGCCUUGAUGGUUUUUGCGUUUCUCUUUGCCUUUUUGAGCUGUUCUUGACAUAAAAUGGACUUGGUCUUUUACCAAAUAGGGCUGUCUUCUGUAUACCCCCUUACCUUGUCACAACACAACUUAUUGGCUCAAAUGCAUUAAGAAGGAAAGAAAUUCCACAAAUUAACUUUUAACAAGGCACACCUGUUAAUUGAAAUGCAUUCCAGGUGACUACCUCAUGAAGCUGUCAUCAAGGCAAAAGGGUGGCCAUUUGAAGAAUUUCAAAUAUAAAAUAUAUUUUGAUUUAACACUUUUCUACAUGAUUCCAUAUGUGUUAUUUCAUAGUUUUGAUGUCUUCACUAUUAUUCUACAAUGUAGAAAAUAGUAAAAAUAAAGAAAAACCCUGGAAUGAGUCGGUGUCAACAUACAUAUACUUGGAUACACACGUAGACACACACGCUCCUCUACUGUUGUGAUAAUUAAUUAUACCGGUAAACGCCUGGUUAGAUGACAUGACCUAUAACCUGAUGACCCCUCAUUCUGCUCUCUGAUUGGCUAAUUACCCUUCAUGCUGCUCACUGAUUGGCUGAUUGUGUAUUCCAGUGUUCCUGAUGACCUGUAAGCCUCCUCUCUACAUGGGCCCAGAGUACAUCAAGUACUUCAGUGACAAGACCAUAGAAGUGAGUACCAUAGAUUACCUCUUAAGGCUCUACUGUAACAUACAAUAUUACCAUUGCCGUAGUAAGGGUAAUGGUGUGUUAUAGUGUGAAAAUAAAACGGAUGAGUGUAUCAAAAAUCAUACUUUCACAGGAUCGCAGAAGGUGACACCAAUUAGGUUGUUGUUGACAUUUCAGUUGAAAGUAUGUUUGUCAGGUGAUUUCAAAACCGACCCACCCAUAGGAUAUUUUUAUUGCUUGAAAUGUGACGUUUAGUGAAAUUGAUGGCUGACUUGUGACCCGGUUGCAGGAUGAGUUGGAGAGGGACAACAGGGUGAUGUGGAUCAUAGAGUUCUUCGCUAACUGGUCCCCAGAGUGUCAGUCCUUUGCCGCCGUCUACGCAGACCUCUCCCUCAAGUAAGACAACGACUAAUCUUCACUAUACACGACAAAAGCCUUCAUUUUAAUGCAUUGCACCAUAAACCCUUAGCGUCAAUAUACAAAUAUACAUCCUCUCCUGGAUUGUCUCAAAACAGACCAUCUCAUAUUGCCCUGUUUGUAUCACCUGUCAGUUUGUGGUGCGACUAAAGUGGUAAUGCUAUUGCUGUGAGUUUCUUUGGGAAAUGUAUGUUUUCUCUCUCAUGGUUACAGGUAUAACUGUGCUGGGCUCAAGUUUGGGAAGGUGGACAUCGGACGGUAUGGAGAUGUGUCAAAGAAGUAGGCCCCUUUCCUCCUUUCUCUCUCUCUGCAGAUAUAUUCUAUUUAAGUGAAGUAGAUUUCUGAUUGGAUGUCUGUGAUUUGAAACAUUGAAUUGCUUCCCGUCCUCCAUCCAUCUUCUCAAAGGUACAAGGUGAGUACCUCUCCCCUCUCCAAGCAGCUGCCCUCGCUGGUGCUGUUCCAGGGGGGCAAGGAGGUGAUGAGACGCCCCCAGGUGGACAAGAAGUGUAGGGCCGUGUCCUGGAGCUUCACUGAGGUGAGAGGUGUGGCUUCAGAGCAGAACAUAGACACACAGACAUGCACACACACACCAGGGUUUCCGUUAGCUGAUAAUAGCUGGCUUUUAGCCACACAAAAAAAAUGAAAAAAAUCACUUGAAUAGAAAAGCAGAUGAAUAACAUUGGCACCAGCCAAUUGUCUGGGAGAAGGAAACAUCCCUUUGCGAAAUAAUGCUUUUUAGCCUACUCAUUGAUGGAAAUACCAGCUGAUGGAAAUCUAUUUGACUGGUCAUACUUAUCGGUCUAUAGGUUAAUUUGCAUAAUUUAGUGUACAGUAUAUUCGUUAUGUAUUUUAUCACAUGCGUAUAGGAUACAGAGCCUUUGAGCGGAAAAUCUGUCAGACUGCACAAGAGCUCAGCAGCGUCUCAAACAGCAAAUGCAAACAGAGGCAACGGAAGGCAGGCUUCAUCAGCGCGUCACACCACUGCAUUGCGCUGGAGGCAGUAUGCAUUUUGAAAAUAUACUUAAUUGUUCGAAACCUGAACGCUUUAAUACAUAUUGAGGCAUGUAUUGCCUUGCUUCAAAGUAGCCUAGCCAAAAUCGGACCAUAUCUGUGGAGGCAAUUAUUUUAUAUAAACUUUCUUUCAUUGACCAGUAGCCAAAGGCGAAAUCCUAGUCGUAUUAGCAACCCAAUGCUAGUUGUUGCAUAUUAGAUCUCCCCUCUUUCUACAUUUCUAACCGAUAUUUUCGUCUCCGUCACAUGAAACCGCUAACGUGCGGUGGCCUUUUGACAACAGUGUUUUCCUGCUAAUUGCAUUAUGGAACGAAGACGUGUGUGUAGACUACUGCCUUGUGUGCAUUGCUGCGCUUAUAAUGUGAAGAAAUAAUAGUUUAUUAUCAUUUAAGCUAAACGUUCUGAUCUGUUGCAUCAGACUCAUUGCUUUAACUUUUUUUUUUAUGAAGCCUAGGCCUACUGGUUGUAUGAAUUUGGGAUCUACCUUCCCACAACUGUCCCAGAGUCUGUUUGGAAUAGGCUAUUUCCCAGAGUCUGUUUGGAAUAGGCUAUUUCCCAGAGUCUGUUUGGAAUAGGCUAUUUCCCAGAGUCUGUUUGGAAUAGGCUAUUUCUUUUUCGACAAACUGACUAAUAGAAUAGGUCAACUUUUCUACAAUGGGGUGCAGUAGAUUGACAUAGGCUAGUGAUUUUGCUGUUCGUUACUCGUCUUGUUGGCUGAGGAAAAUUAAAUGUGGACAGUUAUUCUAAAAUCCUCAAAGUGCACAUCAGAAUUCUGUAAAAAAGGACCGCACAUUGUAGCAUCCUCGACUUGCAUGUUCUGUUAAUAUGAAUUACCAUAAUCUAAAUGUGAUUUGUCAUUCUGAGCACAGUGUGUGAACGCCCUAAUCCGGUUAUGCACCCAAUCCAUAUACAGUCGUGGUCAAAAGUGUUGAAUGACACAAGUAUUGGUCUUCACAAAGUUCGCUGCUUCAGUGUUAUGAGAUAUUUUUGUCAGAUGUUACUAUGGUAUACUGAAGUAUAAUUACAAGCAUUCCAUAAGUGUCAAAGGCUUUUAUUGACAAUUACAUUAGGUUUAUGCAGAGUCAAUAUUUGCAGUGUUGACCCUUCUUUUUCAAGACCUCUGCAAUCCGCCCUGGCAUGCUGUCAAUUAACUUCUGGGCCACAUCCUGACUAAUGGCAGCCCAUUCUUGCAUAAUCAAUGCUUGGAGUUUGUCAGAAUUUGUGGGUUUUUGUUUGUCCACCCGCCUCUUGAGGAUCGACCACAAGUUCUCAAUGGGAUUAAGGUCUGGGGAGUUUCCUGGCCAUGGACCCAAAAUGUCGAUGUUUUGUUCCCCGAGCCACUUAGUUAUCACUUUUGCCUUAUGGCAAGGUGCUCCAUCAUGCUGGAAAAGGCAUUGGUCCUCCCCAAACUGUUCUUGGAUGGUUGGGAGAAGUUGCUCUCAGAGGAUGUGUUGGUACCAUUCUUUAUUCAUGGCUGUGUUCUUAGGCAAGAAUUGUGAGUGAGCCCACUCCCUUGGCUGAGAAGCAACCCCACACAUGAAUGGUCUCAGGAUGCUUUACUGUUGGCAUGACACAGGACUGAUGGUAGCGCUCACCUUGUCUUCUCCGGAUAAGGUGUUUUACGGAUGCCCCAAACAAUCGGAAAGGGGAUUCAUCAGAGAAAAUGACUUUACCCCAGUCCUCAGCAGUCCAAUCCCUGUACCUUUUGCAGAAUAUCAGUCUGUCCCUGAUGUUUUUCCUGGAGAGAAGUGGCUUCUUUGCUGCCCUUCUUGACACCAGGCCAUCCUCCAAAAGUCUUCCCCUCACUGUGCGUGCAGAUGCACUCACACCUGCCUGCUGCCAUUCCUGAGCAAGUUCUGCACUGGUGGUGCCCCGAUCCCGCAGCUGAAUCAACUUUAGGAGACAGUCUUGGCGCUUGCUGGACUUUCUUGGGCGCCCUGACGCCUUCUUCACAACAAUUGAACCUCUCUCCUUGGAAGUUCUUGAUGAUCCGAAAAAAGCAAUGAUGACGGCACGUGUUUCCUUGCAGGUAACCAUGGUUAACAGAGGAAGAACAAUGAUCUCAAGCACCACCCUCCUUUUAAAGCUUCCAGUCUGUUAUUCUAACUCAAUCAGCAUGACAGAGUGAUCUCCAGCCCUGUCCUCGUCAACACACUCACCUGUGUUAACGAGAGAAUCACUGACAUGAUGGCAGCUGGUCCAUUUGUGGCAGGGCUGAAAUGCAGUGGAAAUGUUUUUUUAGGGAUUAAGUUCAUUUUCAUGGCAAAGAGGGACGUUGCAAUUAAUUGCAAUUCAUCUGAUCACUCUUCAUGACAUUCUGGAGUAUAUGCAAAUGGCCAUCAUCAAAACUGAGGCAGCAGACUUUGUGAAAAUUUGUAUUUGUGUCAUUCUCCAAAACUUUUGACCACGACUGUACGUCCGGUCAAUUUCUCAAAUGUCCGGUAAAUUAAAAUGCUGCCAGUCAAACGUCCUGAAACCCUGACACACACGCAUACAAACAGACACACACACACACACACUCUUUCUCGCUCUCUUUCUCUCACACACUCAAUCUCACUCUCAACAGGAGAACAUCAUCCGGGAGUUCAACCUGAACGAGCUCUACCAGAAGUCCAAGAAACUCAACAAGUCCAAGGGAGACCGGAGCGACAAGAUCAACGAAUCACAGUUCCCGCCCGUGCUCGAAGAGGAGGAGCCAGAGGUCGACGCCCAGGAGGAGGAGACUGAGACCAAGAAGGACAAAUAG